AUGGCCGUUAAAAACCUGAUCCGCUUCCCUGUCCUCACUCUGCUGACGCUGCUGCUUGCGGCGAUCGGCAGCUCCGCCGCGGCGGGCCCCGAAGACUGCCACGCCCUGAACGUAACGCUGCAAACAAAAGACAUGCACAAGAUUUUGGGGGACUGGGUCCUGGUCUGGUCCGUCACUGACCACGACCAAGGCAACGCGGUAGCUCUAAACAUCACCAGCUCCCACGUCGAGUUCAGACUCAACGAUGACAACAAGACGGUCACGUUCACCGAGAGGACCAAGUUCACACACCAGACGUGUGUCACCUACAUCAUCAACUUGACAAUGCCCACUGACCCGCUGGACAGCACCUUGAUCAGCUUUACUGGUGCCAUGGAGAAGGACGGACUUCUUGAGGUGUACAACGACACAGAAACUGUGAAUGUCUUCGAGACUGUCGGCCCCGACUGUCUGUCCAUGGUCUGGAAGGACAGCGAGGGACGAUUCCUGCACAACUACAGGAGGGAGGGGCAUCACCGGGAUGUUGAGAACUUGAAAGCAGACCACAGCGAUCACUACAAACAGGCCGCCUGUCUGGGAUUCCCCGCCAACGCCAAGCCGUUCAGCUACGACGGAGCUGCAGGUCACUUCCUGUCUGGUUUCUCCUCCCACAGAUUGUAGAGAUGCAAAUUAAAA